AGAUGGACAUUGCUAUUAGGGCCUCCUUCUGGGUGGUUACGUUCGGAGGGCUUGGCUAUGCCAUGUUCAAACUGGCCAAACCUAAUGAAGAACUGCUGAAGAAGUAUGACCAAGAAUCAAAGCACACAGACACAAGAAAGUUAGCAAAUCAAACCUUAGCUAUAUUGAAAGACGCAACAAAACAAGACUCUGAGCUUAAUAAAAAGAUUGAAGACCUAAUAAAGAAAUAA